AUGGCCAGAAAAUCCGCUACUAGAUACUACAAGUCUUAUGCGACUUCGCAAUGGUCGCAUCUACAGUUUCUCUCCUAUCAGGACAACAAAGACGAGAUCUUGUAUAAUUAUUCAACCUCUAAUCCAUGGUCGGACAAGAAAGAUAGGGCAGGACAGUUGACUUCUCACGAUGUAUCUUUGCUACCUUUGUCCCCUGGCUCUCAACGGGAACCACAACAAUGUGUUCCGCCUAAAGCGCCUCUCUCAAAGUCUUCACCCAGUCUUGACGUGGCUCUAUCAAGUAGCCAUAUUGUCCUUGCUAUGACAGCUCAAAAACUACGACGACCGUUUGAUAAAGUUUCCAUGGGAAGGACUAUCCGCGAAUUAUCCGGUGGCAAAUCCACACUACAAAAUGAGCUAGUAGGAGACUUUGUCGCUGAAUUUGGCAAGGUGCCAGAGGAAGCUGAAGAUAUGACCCUGGUUGCAUUGGGAGAAGCGCUGGAAGGUGCUUUUGUCGGAAAGCCAGCCAAUCAGAUGACCACUCUAAUUGCUAGGUUAAUAUCAAGAAAGAUGCCCGCUGGAUUUAACCAAAACUCCAUGCAGGAUUACAUAUGCUCUCGCUGGGGCUUUUCCAAGACACACUGUCUUGUUCCCAUCUGCCUUGCGACUACUAUUGAGCCGCCCGCCCGUUUAGCAAAUGCAGAUGCUGCACAGGCGUAUCUUGAUGAGUUAGUCAGCCGGUACGCGCUGUUUCAAGGGAUUUCUCUGGCUUCUGCCGAUGGCCUAUAUAGCGACAGGAGCGAAGCUAUGCCGCCUCCUGGGGGCUUUUCGAACCAGGAGAUCCUUUAUAAAGAGCAGCACAGCUAUCACCGUAAGCAUUUUGAUAAACUUGCGAAGUAUCUGCAGAUAGACCUCGAAGCUUCAGAACAAUCGCCGCUGGACACAACUUAUCAAGAAACAUUAAAGAGGUGGAACGCUGAAUUUGAUGACCAGUUUUGUCAAGGUAUAGAGUCAAUCUUUAAUACCAGCCAGUCUCGAAACUACGACUCUUGGUGGAACUGGGCGAGAGAAGGACUUAUACAAUGGUUACACCAAAUUGCUUCAGGCCAGGUAGAGGCGGCUCUGCCAACGAAAGGCAACCACCUACGCAGGAUGCUGAACCGGUGGGAUGCGACGUGUAGUAACAUUAUCGAGGCAAUUAUCAAACCGCCCCACCCUAUUUUAUGUCCAAACCAGACGAUUUAUCCUUGUUCAGAUGUCUCACUUGUGCUAAAAGAGGUUCUUCGUUUAGGAAACCUUGCUCUGGCAAGUGAUCCCAUUUAUAUCUACUCAUCGCCAGCCUUAGGCCCGCAAACCACAGUCAGCAGCUCAGGCCAACUGGACUAUAUGGAGAUAGCCCGGAAAGCGUCUUCCUAUCCGGACGUCUAUGCCAGCAAGACUGUUUUAGUAACAGGGGCUGGCCCUAACUCAAUUGGAGCACAGGUCGUCCAGGGCCUUUUAUGUGGUGGUGCUCAGGUGGUCGUCACCACAAGUCGGACUAUCUCGGAAAGCGCGAGCUUUUAUCAAAAUAUAUACCGUCAGUAUGGCGCUAGAGGAGCGUCCUUGACAGUCCUUCCAAUGAACCAGGCGAGCAAACGGGAUUGUGAAUACCUGAUUGAGCAUAUAUAUGGUGUUAAUUCCCCUAUAGGCGGCGACCUAGACUAUGUCAUACCAUUUGCUGCUGUUCCCCAAGCGGGUGAAUUGGAUGCAUUGGGAAGUCAUCAGGAGCUAGCACUUAGGACUAUGCUGGUCAAUCUCCUACGGACCAUCGGAUUUAUUCGGCAGCAAAAGGAGAAACGACGCAUUAGCUGUCGGCCAACAACGAUUGUUCUGCCCAUGUCAUGUAACGAAGGCUCCUUUGGCGGUGAUGGCUUGUAUGCGGAGUCAAAAGCUGGUUUGAAGACGCUCCUGAACCGCUUCCACUCUGAAGGCUGGUCAAGUUGCAUCACCAUUUGUGCAGCAGUUAUGGGUUGGACAAGAGGCACCGGUCUUAUGCGCUCGUCCAACUUUAUAGCAGAAGAAGUGGAGAAGCUGGGUGUUGUUACGUUCACACAGGCUGAAAUGGCAUUUAACAUCCUCGCGUUGAUGACACCUGAAAUCACUAUACUUGCUGAGCAAGCUCCAGUUUACGCAGAUCUCACCGGAGGGUUGGGUAAAAUGUGGGACAUCAAAGACCAUAUUUCAGCAAGUCGUAAGCGUCUUGCCGAAGAGGCGCAGAUACAGAAGGCCCUGCAUGAAGAAGACGCCCAUCAUUAUUCAGUGCUCUUCGGACCACAAAAGCAGCAGCCAGGAAACUCUGGGCUUAAUAUUAGCAGGCGGCGCGCCUUUCUCAAACUUCCAUUUCCAUCUCUACAACUCUAUGAUGACUUGGCAGUGAGCUUGCCCAAUCUUAAAGGGAUGAUAGAUCUCUCGCGUACUGUCGUCGUGGUAGGGUUUUCAGAGCUCGGGCCCUGGGGAAAUUCACGCACUCGGUGGGAGAUGGAACACCAAGGCCGGUUUAGCUUGGAAGGCUACAUAGAAAUGGCGUGGAUAAUGGGAUUAAUAAAUCACAUUGAUGGCGAUUGGAAAGGCCGAUCUUACGUUGGCUGGGUCGAUGCAGAGACACAGGAGCCAAUACAUGAUCAUGAUAUUCCCCAAAGAUAUCAUGAGUACAUAAUGUCAAACGCGGGUCUACGUCUUAUUGAGCCGGGGGGCGUUGACACAUACAUUCCCUCUCAGAAAGAAUUCUUGCAGGAAGUGGCUGUCGAAGAGGACCUUCCACCUUUUGAAUGUUCAAAAACAUCCGCAGAAGCCUUCAAACUACGGCACGGCAGUAAUAUCACGCUGCAGCCUAUUACAGGGUCUGAUAACUAUCGUGUGUUUCUCAAGAAGGGUGCAGUUCUACUGAUUCCCAAAACAGUCCCCUUCCAUCAGUCCGUAGCAGGGGUAGUCCCUACUGGCUGGGACGCUUUACGUUAUGGCAUUCCUGAAGAGAUCGUACAACAGGUCGAUAAAACCACACUAUACGCUCUUUGCUGUGUCUCAGAAGCUUUUCUAUCUGCUGGUAUCAGCGAUCCGUACGAUAUCUACCAACACAUUCAUGUUUCUGAGCUAGCAAACUGUUUGGGUACAGGAGGCGGGCCCAUGAAGAUCAUUCAGAAUAUGUAUCGGGAUCGAUUUCUCGAUCGUCAAGUACGGGGCGAUAUCAUACUGGAACACUUCCUGAACACAAUGGGUGCAUGGGUCAACAUGUUGCUCUUGUCUGCUUCCGGGCCCCUUAAGACCCCCGUCGGUGCAUGUGCUACCGCCUUAGAAUCCUUAGAUAUUGGCUGCGAUGCUAUUAUUUCCGGCAAGUGCAAGGUAGCUAUAGUUGGUGGCUGUGAUGACUAUCGCGAGGAGCUAUCGUUUGAGUUUGAUAGUAUUAAAGCUACAGCCAACUGUGCAGAGGAGCUGUCCAGAGGAAGACUUCCCAGUGAGAUAUCUCGUCCAACAGCCAGCUCACGCAGUGGUUUCGCUGAGUCCGCCGGCUGUGGUGUACAACUCUUAAUGAAUGCUGAACUGGCCCUCAAGUUGGGCCUGCCAAUACACGGAGUUGUCGCGUAUUGCCAGAUGGCUAGUGACCAGGUCGGCCGCUCCAUCCCUGCUCCUGGCAAAGGCAUUCUAACUGCCGCGCGUGAGAGUCACGAGGCUAAAGUAUCUCCAAUGUUAGAUUUUGGUUUCCGUCGCGUAGGCUUCGAUGAGGAGGUGGCGGAUGUCGAGCAAAGGUUUGUCAGUGGACAGCUCAGGAAAGCACAGGGUUCAGGCACCCCCGAGGAAGCAGCAGAACAAUUCAGGAGACUGAGAGUUCGCGAUGCCCAAUAUCGCUGGGCUCACGACAUUCGUCUCCAAGACCCAUCAAUAUCUCCACUCAGGGCAGCCUUAGCCACUUGGGGCCUAGGAAUUGACGAUAUUGGUGUCGUCUCGACGCAUGGAACAUCAACCAAGGCAAAUGACAUCAAUGAAGGCGAAGUGAUCAACGCCCAAAUGGAACAUCUGGGCCGCCGCAAGGGAAAUCCAUUGCUCUGUGUAUGCCAGAAGUCAUUAACCGGGCAUCCAAAGGCCGCAGCGGGGGCGUGGCAGCUGAAUGGUUGCAUGCAGAUAUUGCAGGGUGGAAUAGUUCCAGGAAACCGAAACGCAGACAAUAUUGACCAGCAAUUGCGACAAUUUGAACAUUUGGUAUACCCUAUGGAGUCAAUCCAGACAACAGGGGUCAAGGCAACCAUGAUAACGUCUUUCGGUUUCGGGCAGAAAGGUGCCAUCGCCAUUAUUGUAGCACCUAGCUACCUUUUUGCGUCCAUCUCUGCGUCAAUGUAUGAGAAAUACAGUAUGAGAGUGACGCAACGACAGCGAGCUGCUAAUCCAAUGUUUGUCUCUCGCAUACUAAAUAACCGUAUCGUGCAAGUAAAGAGCCUCCCACCAUGGGAGAACCGAGACGCGACGGAAAAGGUCUUUCUGGACCCAGGCAGCUGUCGGCAAGAUGACCAGACGCAGCUUACUAACGAAGCACAUGCUAGCCCGUCGAGUUCGAUCAACGUUAUCGCCGAUCACACCUCGCGCACAGUCGAGAACCAGGAUGAAGGAAACGCCCUAUCUUGCCUUGUUGAAGGCAUGCUCGUAGAAGCAGUCGGGAGAUCCAAAGGCACUUCACCCCCAAGCGUGGGAGUUGAUGUAGAAGAAAUCGCCAGCAUCAGUAUUGAGAACGAGGCGUUCUUAAAGCGCAACUUCACUAUGGCUGAACGUGAGUAUUGUUCGAAGGCCACCAAUCCUCAGGCCUCGUUUGCAGGUCGAUGGAGUGCCAAGGAGGCAGUGUUCAAAAGUCUUCAGACUUCCUCCUCGGGACCCGGGGCUGCAAUGCACGAGAUUGAGGUCCUCAACCACUGUGGCAUCCCUAAAAUCACCCUUCAUGGGCAAGUCAAGGAUAUCGCCCAAGCCAAGGGGAUAGAUAGUGUUGAGAUAAGUAUCAGUCAUUCAACCAAUGCAGCUGUUGCAAUUGCUGUGGCCGUGAAAGGUUGA